AUGCUGUUGCACAGGCACAAGUUCCCGCUCCUCUGCUGCGGCUGCGGAGGAGCCGGCGGCGUCGUUGCCACCGGUGUCGCCGCCCGAGGAGCAGCCCACGUCGACGACGCCGCCGCAAAGAAAGCUGCAGCCAACGCCGGCAAGAGCGCCAGGCAGCUGUCGUGGGCGCAGGUGGAGGCCAUGACGGCUGGCUUCACCACGGCCGUGGUCGGCGAGGGCGGCUUCAGCACCGUGUACCUCGCGCGCCUCUCCGGCGGCUCCAAACCGCAGCUCGCCGCCGUCAAGCUCCACCGCAGCUGCAGCGAGCGCCUGCGCCGCGCGUUCCGCCAGGAGCUGGACGCGUUGCUCUGCGUCCGACACCCGCACAUCGUGCGCCUCCUCGCCUUCUGCGACCAGCGCGACGAGGGCGUGCUCGUGCUCGAGUUCGCGCCCAACGGCAACCUGCACGACAACCUCCACGCUGGUGAAGGCAAGCAGAUCGUACCGAUGCCGUGGGCGCGGCGGGUGGCGGUGGCGCUGCAGGUGGCCCGCGCGCUGGAGUACCUCCACGACCGGUGCGAGCCGCAGGUAGUGCACGGCGACGUGAAGGCCUCCAACGUGCUGCUGGACGCCGCCAUGGGCGCCAGGCUCUGCGACUUCGGUUCGGCGCGCGCGGGGUUCUCGGCGUCGGCGUCCGUCCGCCCGCCGCGCACCGUGCUGGGGUCGCCGGGGUACGUGGACCCGCACUACCUCCGGUCCGGCGUGCUCACCAGGAAGAGCGACGUGUACAGCUUCGGCGUGCUGCUCCUCGAGCUGCUCACUGGCACUCAGCCUUUCCACGACGGCCGGCUCCUCACGUCCGCCGUCGUGCCGAUGAUCAACAAGGCGGGGUCGUGGGACGUGCGCAAGAUUGUUGACCAGAGGUUGGGGUGCCAGUUCGACGUCGCACAGGCAGCCACCAUCGCCUCGUUGGCGGCAGAGUGUGUCAUGGAGAACCCGACACUCCGGCCGUCCAUGGCAGAUGUGGUCCGGGCCCUGGAACAGACAUCGGUUGCGCGCCGGUAGAUGAUCGACGGCGAAGCCAGAGCGUGAGCCGUGCUCGGCAAGAGGAAGUAGAGUGGACCCGCACGAUGGAUGCUUAGAUCCGACGUGGAGGGCACUGUGACCGUAGGAUUCGAGCGAGA